AUGAAUGAUGAGAAAGAGACAUGUAUGAGGAGGGGGCCAGGGGCCAGAGACAUGUAUGAGGAGGGGCCAGGGGGCAUUGAACUAUGGAUUCUAAGAGGAGGAGUUCAUGUUCUGUGGAGUUCUUAUAGUCAUAUGCUUUUUCUCAAUCGAAAUCGAAAGAUCCUUCAACAAGGUGUGGAUUUCAAGCAGAUUGAUCUAGAAUGGGACUGGGACAACUUCUUGAUUCUUCAAGCACUAGUUGGGUCCAUGGCUUGCUAUGUGUUUCCAUUUCUUCAAGAUCUUCCAUUAUGGAAUAUGAAAGGUGUUGUUGCUACUAUGAUUCUGCACGUGGGAGUCUCAGAGCCACUUUACUAUUGGAUGCAUAGAAAGUUUCAUGAACAUCACUUUCUUUUCACUCAUUACCAUUCACUUCAUCAUUCUUCUCCUGUUCCGGGGCCAUUUACUGCUGGAAAUGCAAUACUAUUGGAGCAUCUUGUUUUGACAGUGGUGAUAGGAAUCCCUGUUUUAGGGGAAUCCCUGUUUUAG